AAAACCAUAAAGCACUAACGAGUUUUGACAUUUGUUAUCGUGCUUAUUGUUUGGUUUUCAGAAGUGGAUUUUGUCACAAAAUAUAGCUUUAAAACUAAUACUGUAAACAAAUUUCUUCAAAACUAACAUGGGAGUAGAUGUAGAAACUAUUACACCUGGAGAUGGUGUUACUUUUCCCAAGCCUGGUCAAACUGUGAUAGUGCACUAUACUGGAACACUGCAGAAUGGUAAAAAGUUCGAUUCGUCGAGGGAUAGAGGGCAGCCGUUCAAGUUUACCCUAGGCAGGGGCGAUGUUAUUCAAGGAUGGGAUCAAGGAAUUUGCAGGAUGUCUGUAGGUGAGCGAGCAAAGUUGAUUUGUUCUCCUGACUACGCCUAUGGCUCUAGAGGCCACCCAGGCGUUAUUCCACCGAACGCUACCCUAAUAUUCGAUGUCGAGCUAAUACGUGUUGAAUAAUUGUUAUGAACAAGUACCACACACUUACGGAAAUACUCAAAUGAAACUCAAUUGGUUUGGUUUUGGUUUGGUAAUAACAUUUUUUGUAAAGACAAGACUUUGUGGUUCGUCAAAUGUAAUGUAAACAGUAGCUUUAGUACGAGAUUGCAUUACGUUAAACAAAAACAAACUUGUAUUAAGGGUACUGCAUAGAUAUUAGUAUAUGUUUUGAUAAUUUGAAAGUUUCAAUCACAUAAAACGGGCAAUGAAAACAUGAAAGUAAUAUUUGAGUAUUUCAAUCUUGAAUUAAAUAUUAAAUGUUAAUAAUUAUUGUCAUUAAAUGUCUAUAAUAAUUGUUUAAAACAGCAUUAGGUUUGUGACUUACAUGUGAUGUUAUUGAAUACUCCGAUUUAAGUGUAGUUUGCUAGAGUUCGUUUUAUAGCAGGAAACAUAAUCAUGGAUAGAAGACUUGUAUUGGCGUAACAAUGGUGAAUAGAAAGUCAUUUAAAUGACUUCAGUUUGAUGAUAUUCGGUCAGGCAAAAAUGAGUCUUGUCGGUAGAACCAAAUAAGGAUUAGAAUGUGUGAAGUAACACCUUUUUUUCAUAAACAAGUACUGAUUUAUAAUCUAGCAGAUUAGUGUUGAAUUGCUCUAAUGCUAUUUAAAUUGAGUAGAAACUCCUCAGAUACGCUAGAUACAUAUGAAGGCAAUGGGGGCUAGUUUUGUGCUCAGCAAAUUGCACAAAUGUAGGUAGACAUUUUGUCCAAUCACAGUAGCUGUCAAAUAUUGAACGUCCAAUGGUGUUCUAGCUGAAUUCUUAUUGGACAAGGAACGAGAAGUUCACACUAGUGACAUUUGUUGAACAUAAAUACUACCCCCAUUGAAUUGAUAAGAUUUCCUUAAACAGAUUGUAGUACUCUCGAUAUAAAUCUAAUUAUGGAUAUUAAGUGGUAACCAAAAUAAGGCAGUUGUCCCACUGGCAACGAUGAACGAGUAACGAGUAGAGCUAGAACUAGAAACGAGUGAAAACGAGUGAAAACAAAAACAAACAAGUGAAGCGAGCACUCGCCGGCAGUGUGAACAGUCAGCGAUCAACUAUUUGUAUAUGCAUCUCUUUUGUUUACACGGAAAGUAUAUCUAUUGUACGUUUCUUGAGCGAGAAAAUAGCCGAUAGUUAGUCGUUCACUCGCUGUUGGUGGGACAACUGCCUAAGGAGAACAGCUUAAUUAGACCUCUUUGCUAGAUAAAGAGCAUAAGCUUCGACCAUGUUUGCUGUGAUGGUGUUAACACAAACAUUUUGUAUUUUGAUGUUUAAAAUGUAUGGAAUUUUGUGAUAUAAGUACAGAUACCAGAUCGAUCUUGGUCAGAUUAUGAUUGGGCUAUGAGAUUUUCAACUUUAUUCCAAAAUUAUAUGGUUGAAAGCUGUUUGAAGAAUCUUAGUAGUCUUCGUAACUUACUAAAUUCAUCUCUUGGUCAGAUCAUGAUUGGGGUAAGAGAUUUUCAAAUUUAUUCCAAAAGUAUAUGGUUGAAAGUUGUUUGAAGAAUCUUAGUAGUCUCUGUAACUUACUAAAUUCAUCUCUUGGUCAGAUCAUGAUUGGGCUAAGAGAUUUCCAACUUUAUUCCAAAAGUAUAUGAUUGAAAGUUGUUUGAAGAAGGUCUCUGGUAGCUUGUAGGACUAGUAUCUGUACUUAUAUUGUUGUAACUACUUGUACCUAAUUUUAAGUCCUAAGUUUUAUUAUUUUUUUUGUGCUUAGCUUCCUAAUAAAUAGUGUUGCUAGUGGUUUAUUUUGUCACCAUAGAUCAUUGUAGCAUGCCAUAAAAACUUCUUAGAAUCGAAAUAAGCUUUUGAUCUUUUUUGUAGUCUGUGCAAAGUUUUAUUUAUUCUGUGCUCCAUAGCUUUACUUGAAUAAGCUUUUAAGCACAAAGUAUAGGAUUUGUAAAUAAUUUUAAAAUAUAUUUCAUCCAGUGUAUGCCUUGCUGAAAUUGUUAUUUUAAUUUUAUUAAUAAUUAUUGUAUGUAAUAAAAGAUUUUAUUUAAUUGGGAA